CUACAACCAGCAUCGCAUCAUCCAUCAAUAUCAUGGAAUUUCCUAUUGCCUUUGCCGAAUCCGUUCAUAACAAUGAUCCAGAAGCCAUAAUUCCUGUUUUCCACCCUACAGAAUUCCCUACCCUUGCUGCCUUGAAUACCAAAACUGACUCCGGGUGGCACUUUAUCCAAAAACAGGAAGCAGUUGACCCUGUUCCCAAAACCACCUUUACACACACUCUUACCUCUGUCACUGAUGGUGAAAAUGCCUGGGAACGCCUGGACUAUUGUUCUGCCGCCAACCAAGGCCGUCCCCUUUAUGCUUCCGUAGCCGACAAGGCCAUCUCUCUCCCUGACCCCAAACCCUCGAUUGUUGCACCAACCACCAAACCAACCAAAUACAAAUAUCUGACGAUUGUCAUGGUCGAUGAUAUGCUCGACAUUGAUCACGAUCUUGGAGAGGAGCUCUGGGACAUGUACAAGACUGGCCAUAGCAAAGGCAGUGCCCGCCGUUUCUCUGGAAAGAAGCUCUUGUCAUACAAGUUGGAUAAGGAAUUCACUGACAAUGUGUUUGCUGUCGAGGCAGAAAGGAUGUUGGGUAUUGAUAUCAGCCACACCAUUCUUGGCAACCCCCAGCCUAUCACUGAUUACAAAUCCGUAAGACGGUUACGACACCAAGUUCUUCGCCGUAUUCAAAAGUGCAAUCGUUAUGUUCCAGUCAAGUCCCCUCGAGAAGUCUACAAGAUGACCGGGUGCAAUAUGGAACUUAGUGUACCUUUAUCAUUGCCAACCAAAUUAUCACGGGCAAUUCGAUGUGAAUUGCUUUAGAACUAAUAGUAAUAAUAAUAAUUUUAUAUUAUUCUUAAUGUGUAUAUUUGUUUGUUUUGUUUUUUUCCCUUCUUUCCCUUUUCUUUAUAUCUUUAUAUGAAAAGAAGAAGAGCCUGGGCGUGUAUAAAUUAAUAAAGAAACCUUUACAAAAU